GUCACGCAGCAGCAGGGGGCAGCUCUUCACACCCAAGAAACUGAACCUGGAGGUUACAGCGGUUCACACGCACACACACACACACACACACACACACACACACACACACACACACACACACACACACACACACACACACACACACACACGCACGCACGCACGCACGCACACACACACACACACACACACACACACACACACACACAGAGUUGGAUGGAUUAAAAACACCCUGACAUCCAGCGGAGCUCCGGCGCGUCUCCACCGAUAUUCCAACAUGGACCCAGAGUGCUGGAGCGCACAGAUAUUUCUAUUUGCCUGUGAACCGCAGAGCAGAGAGAUGGACUGUCAGUGGACUGAUACUGUCCGCCAUGUAGAGGCUACCUACAGGGACAAGAGAAUCCAGAUAAAUUAGAUUAUUGGAUUGACUGCAACAGAUUAUAGCUCUUCUACUUCCUCGAUGCUUCAUAAGAAAAGCACAUCAAUCUGAUCAUAUUGCACGCGGAGUUUGUAAUAUAAAGACUGGCAGCCAUGCUGACCAGCUUUAUAGAGGGUAUUCUCUGCUGCCUGACCUCAAAGUCGGCCAACGUUGUGGUUCCUGUAGAAACCUCAGAACCAGCUGAUGGCUACGAGUUUGUGGAAGUGAAACCAGGCCGUGUCCUGCGGGUUCGCCAUAUCAUCCCUGACCGGCCUGUGGUGGAGGAACCCACUGGGCAGGGUGGGAUUGUCAGCUGCAAACGAAAGAUCACAGUAUAUCGCAAUGGACAGUUGUUCAUUGAGAACUUGGGUGACAGAGCGAGUGCAGAGCUGAAAACCUGCCAGAAUGGAGAUACAGAACCAAACAGCACUGUAGAGGUUGAACUGACAGACUGCGGUAACUCCUCACCGCCCGUCUGCAUCCCAGAGACCAGGUCUGACUCUGUCACAGCUGGAAAAGACGGGACAUCUGAAACAGGAGGAAGAGGAGUGGCACCUGCUUCUGGACAGACUGACCAGUCGCAGCAGCCCAGGAAGCGUAGGCGGAAGCCAAAGCGCACUGUGGUAAUCGACUGUGAAAGGAAGAUAUCAUCCUGUAAAGGGACACAUCAGGAUGUGGCUCUGUUCUUCAUCCAUGGAGUGGGAGGCUCACUGGACAUCUGGGGAAGCCAAUUGGACUUCUUUUCCAGGCUGGGCUAUGAGGUGAUCGCUGUGGACCUGGCAGGUCAUGGAGCCAGCUCAUCACCACAGAUAGCUGCCGCCUACACUUUCUAUGCCCUGGCUGAGGACAUGAGACUCAUCUUCAAGAGAUAUGCACGCAAGAGGAAUAUUCUCAUAGGACAUUCUUAUGGCGUGUCGUUCUGUACCUUCCUGGCCCAUGAGUAUCCGGAACAGAUUCACAAAAUGGUGAUGGUCAACGGAGGUGGUCCCACAGCUCUGGAGCCCAGCCUCUGCUCCAUCUUCAACCUGCCCACCUGUGUGCUUCACUGCCUCUCCCCACUGCUAGCCUGGAGCUUUCUCAAGGCUGGCUUUGCUCGGCAGGGUGCCAAGGAGAAGCAGCUGCUGAAAGACAACAAUGCCUUCAACGUGUCGUCCUUUGUGCUCCGCGCCAUGAUGAGCGGGCAGUACUGGCCUGAGGGGGACGAGGUCUACCAUGCUGAACUCACUGUGCCCACCCUGCUGGUUCACGGCAUGCACGACAAGUUUGUCCCAGUCGAAGAGGACCAGCGAAUGGCAGAGAUCCUCCUAAUGGCCUUCCUGAAGGUCCUGGAAGAUGGUAGUCACAUGAUCAUGAUGGAGUGUCCCGAGGCUGUCAACACACUGCUGCAUGAGUUCUUCCUCUGGGAGCCAGCCACCCCUCCACCACCAAAGAAGGAGUCCAAAACACGUCCAGAGACUGCCAAAGCCCAAACUGACAACACCAAAGCUGCAUCGGACCCUUGCAAAGUCCGACCUGCAACAGCUAGGCAGACCUCAUCAAACGGCGGCACAGAGGAGAAGCCAAACAUCACGGAUAGGAAAUGACUGAAGAUUAAAGGUGGAACUUCCAGUGGUUGUUGCACUAUAUCAGCUGGCCAUGCACUUUGUGGGUCCUGAUAAACUGAGCUGGUUUUAGCUGUUAAACCUGAUGCUGAGCCAAAAGAGCCAGUUUAUUUGAAAUGGUUCAGCUAAAGGUUGCACAAGUGAAGGGAAAUCAAGUCUGAUUCCAGUUAUGAUAGCUGCUGAGCUGAAGGGCCGAGGAACCUGAACACCAUUACUGGAUGCUGAAGGUCCAUUCUUCAGCUUACAGCUCAAUGUCCACAGCAUACAGCGUGAAAGAUAUCGCUGUGCCUUGAAGUAGAAGGUGGUGAUGAUGCCAGGGUAGGUGUAGCAAAAGACAUCAACAAUAACGUAUAGCCAUGAGGGUGAAGGUGAAAAUCAACAGUCAAGUGGCAAAAGUGAUAACAUUUGACUUUUGUGGACAAAUCAAAAAGUGUCACCUGCCAUAUUGUCAGCCAAAUAUAAAAAAAGAAAACUCUUGAUUGCCUGGUUAUUCCUAAAAUGUGUAAGAGAAAAGCAAAACAAAUGGUUUGUAUGAAACAUGUUACGCUGCCCUACAUGAAGCAGCAGACGAGUCUAAACCUUAUGGAAACUAGCUAGAUGGUAAAUUAGCCUACUUGAGGUUUAAAAUAUUGAUACAAUCAUGUGAAAUGUCUAUUUGUGUAUGUUUUGUAGCUAGAUUUUUUUUUUUCCAUAUAAUGAAUUUUAAAGCUCACCUCUUGUAGAGGUGGGAAAGCAUUUGUUGAUUGAAAAUGUACAUUUACUAUUUUGUCCAUUUUCUCUGUUCUUUGGCACCUCUAAGAGGUGAGCCAGAACAUUAUUCUUCUCAAUGCAUUAGAGGUUCACAAUCCUAGACGUAGCCUUAACUACUAUUAACCCUAGUUAUGAGAUUUAAAGGACCAGUGUGUAGGAUUUAGUGACAUUUAGCAGUGGAGUUUCAACCAUCUGAUAACUCCUCACCUCACCCUUCCCUUCCAAGCAUGUAGGAGAAACUACAGGGGGCUACUUUCCUGGGCUACUGUAGAAAUAUGGCUGUUCAACAUAACAGCUUAUUCUAAGGCAACAAAAAUUCUUAUUUUCAUGUGAUUAUACACUAAAACAUACUUGUGAAUAUUGUAUUCCAUUUCUGCCAAUAGAGCCUCCUACAUUUUGCACACUGGUCCUUUAAAUAGCUGCUGCUGGUAUAAACCAGAAGAAAAGGUGUUUUGUGAGUGAUUGAGUUGUGACUUGUGAAGCUGAACAAGUGAAGAAUGAUCAAGUUCUGAUAAGGACAGAAGUGAAAGUAAGUUUGCUGAUUAGAAUUCAGGGAAAUGUGUGUUCAGUCAAGUGUGUCCUGUUUAAUCUAGCGAAUGGUUGAGGCUCAGCAACAAAUCAUAACCUUGUAUGGACAGAAUGGGCCAAAGAUUUUGCACAAAUCUCGAGUACAUGAUGAGAUGUUAAAUCAAUAAUAGGAAGGCUUGUACAUCAGGGAAAUGCUAAAGUGGGGUUUAAUAAGAAUCCACCCCAACCUGAACCACACUACAGUAUGUUUGAUGCCAUUUUAAAAUAUAAAAUGUUGCAUUGUAGCCAAGAGCUGGUACUGUAGCAUGUUCGAUAGCGGAAAUACCCACUAUGACAAUAAGUGACUGAAAGUCACAGAUACUAUAUUAUCAACUUCCAUGUGGUACAAAGCACUUUAAUGGUUCUUCUAUUUCCUGCAAAAAAACAAAAAAAACAAAACAAUGUGUAAGCAGCUGUUGAAUAUAUUAGAAGUAUUUUAUAAACCCAUUUAAAAAAUGUUAUGGUAAUAUAACCAUCUGUGCAAGAAGAUUUGCUUGAAUGCAUUUAUUGUUCAGAGAAUAUUAAGCAUUCAUUUCCCACGAAAACUAUGCUAUUCUGCAAUAUUUUUUUAACCUACAGAAGUUAAGCUCUAAUAUAUUAGUAUUAUACUGGUACAAAAACUGUAUUUUCACUCACCUCUGAGUAUUGUUGAGUCUGAUGCAUGAACAUAAGAAGCCAACAGUUGACUGUAUCAUUGUAUCAUAUCAUAACACUAUAUUUAAUUCAGUUAAACAGUUUAUUGUGGACAUCUGUGCUAUAACUCCACAGGCCACACUGCCUGCAUUAGGAAGCUAUUAAAUCCUCUGUGACUGUUUAUUUUUUAUUUUUACCACUACAAUAAUGUGUAUAUGUCUUUAUAUUAACUGACAUGUUGUUGCUGCAAUAGUUCUGGUAUUUGUUAUGUUCACAAACCCUCUCUGAGCCUCUAACAUUGAAAGAUCUAAAGUUCAGUUCAUAUAAGGUGUGAAUGAAACACAGAUUUGAUAGUGUUUGAUGGUUUUAUACAUAGACUAUUCUUUUUAUACACUGUACUUUUAUUUGUGAUGGAUAUUUAGAGAUUUAACCAAAAACUGUAGCUGGGUAUUCACUGAAUCAAUAGAAGAUUCAGCUACGAUCAGAAAAAUGUGGUUGAGACUCGAGCUCAUUAAAGGUUUGCUUAUGACUGUGAUGAAUUUGAUGAAACUGUUUGUGUUAUAUCUUGUGUGUCUUAAAUUGUGUAACUGUUUGUAACUGCCUUUGACAAUAAUUACACAAACUGCUGAUUUAAAAAAUGUUCAAAAAGUAAAUUACUGUGAGUUUUCAACA